AUGACAUCUACACCAUACUCGUCGCACGGCCGCGGAGGCGCAGGCAACAUAAGCUCUUCCCAGUCUCCACGUCUCGACCCGGCAAAGGACCUAGAGACUCCCACCCUCAAGACUCCCGUCGUGACCACCGGACGUGGAGGUACGGGAAACAUGGCCAAGAAUGUUGAUGCUGCUGAGACGAGGGCUCGUCAGGAUGUUGAAGCGAGACCCAGCUCGGGAGCACAGCACGCCGGUCGCGGAGGAGCAGGCAACGUCUUCAAGGGAACAGACGACCAGCACCGCGCCGCCUCGGACAAGCACGAAAAGGCCGUGGCAGACGAAGACUCCGACUCCAGCGGUGACGGUGUCGCCGAAAAGGCCAAGAAGCUGCUGCACCUUGGUGGUAGCAAGAAGGCAUAG